UCAGGAAACGAACCUCGCAGGUUGACCACAACGAGGCAAUGAGAGUUAUGAAUGGAGGCCGAGGAAGUUGCAGAGCCCCCCGGGGCUUCGAUCGACGUACAUUUGCUAACUAUUUGUAGAAACAACUUAGUGAUGAGCUCAAAAGAAAUCUUUUUAAACGAGAAAUCUGCCACCAUCGUUGGCAUCGCCAACAAUCAACAUUCAACGAAUGAAUCAAGUGUAAACAACGAGGGAAUAAAAACCCAUCUGAUUUAAAGGAGAUAAGAUAAAAAAUAGAAAAAAUGGCAGCGCCUGUGAUAGAAAAGAAGCGAUUCUUCUGCAGGGAGUGGGCCUUCACGAAACUCUCCCACUGCUUGGAACAAAGACCCGCUUCUAAAACCUGUGGAGCUCUUAUCGUGGGAGGUCCAGGAAGUGGAAAGACUGCUCUUUGUGCCGAAUUAGCUUGGCCAUCUCAGGGAGCCAGUGGAAGACACCAGAGGUCUCUAAACAGAAGACUAUUAGCCAGGCAUUUCUGCCAAGCGAGGAGCGAAGUUUCUCUCUCGCCAGCUCAGUUUGUGAGGUCGAUGGUGGCGCAGCUUUUGCAAGCCAGCACAGAGGGAAUCCAUUUGUCAUCACCCAACUCCCCUACUCAUAGUACCACAAUGCCCUCUUCGGCCCCACUGUCCUGGAGAGAAUCAGUAGUCGAAGCCUAUGCUGAGAAACUGAGGACUGAUCCUGAAAUUCAGGCGGCACUGCAACCGGAUGUUGUGGAUAGGGAUCCAGACGACGCUCUGAAGAAGGCUCUUUUAUUUCCUUUAUUAGAAGUUGAACCACCUAAAAAUUGCCUUUUCCUAUUGGUCGACUCGAUUGAUGAAGGCCAGGUUUUAAGUCCACCUCAGUCUGGAACAAGAGACUCGAGGAGAGACAAGGAUAGCGUGAGUAGAACUAUCGCUGAGCUCCUUGCAAAUCACCAUCAUUUAUUCCCUCAAUGGCUUCUUUUAGUUUGUACUGCCAGGAAGCAGAGCAAAACUAUCUCAAGAAUGUUCACCGGAUUCAGGAAGAUAUCCCUAGAUGACUUGAGGAAGUCACAAGUUGUCCGGGAUGUGCAGCAGUAUAUUUUAGCAAGGCUUGACCAGGAGGAUACGCUUAGGCAACAUAUAUCGAGGGACACGGCGGAGAUGCUGAAUCAAUUGCAUAUUAAGAGCAAUGGAUGCUUUCUGUACUUGGAGAAGGUCCUUGAUGGGGUCUCCGAGAAUUUCAUCGUGCUUAGAGAAGUCAGGGAAAUACCGGGAACACUAAAUGGACUUUACUUGUGGUUGUGCCAAAGGCUUUUUAGUAGAAAGCAGUUUGCAAAGGUACAACCUUUACUUAACGUUAUAUUGGCCGCGAAACUCCCAAUCACCCAGGAAACACUCUAUGAGUGUGUUAAGACCGCUAACAGCAGUAUUACUCAGGAGGACUUCAAUCGACGAUUACAUCUGCUCAGAAGAGUAAUUUCGGUUUCGAGAGCUGGAGCACUGAUGCUAUUCCAUCACAGCUUUGCCGAAUGGCUCCUCGACGUGAAACAUUGCACGCAGAAGUACCUCUGUUCAGCGAUGGAAGGACAUGCCAUGCUCGCAGUUUAUUACACUCUACGCUCUGAUCAGUUGAGUGCUGACGAAAUUUGCGUUUUAGGGCAGCAUCUUCAGCGAGCAAUGCCCACAAUCGGCACCUCCAAUUGUGCUCUGGAUGUACACACCCUUCAAGUUCUAUGGAUGAUAGGAAGUGGCGCACCGGUUCAAGAGUGCUACCUGGACAGCUCAGAUUGCAUACUCUGGCCUAGGCAAGAUACCAAACUAAUUAGGCUUUUGAUAGAUGCUGGAGCCAAACCCUCCGAAAAAACGGGCGAAGAUGUAGCCAGUAAGGAAGUCGUUUCUUCUAGUCAGGUCUCACAAGAUGUGAGCCCCAUGGACGAAUCUCCUGGCGAACCCUUGACAGAAAUACUCGGGGAAACUGGAGACAUUAAUCAAGCAGAUUCAUGUGGACGAACUGUUUUACAUACACUCGCAGCAGAUGGAAAUGCAUCAUUGUUGGAAUUGGCUUUGGUUGCCUGUCCUCAGGCGAAAUUGGAAGCUACUGAUCGCCAUGGACAAACACCUUUAAAUCUGGCAGCGAGACAUGGUUAUGCGGAUGUAGUUAGGGUUCUUUUGGCUGCAGGUGCUUCUGCCGAUCAUGCGGAUUGUGAUGGAUGGACAGCUUUAAGAGCUGCUGCUUGGGGUGGACAUACGCAGGUGGUUGAGCAGCUUUUGGAACAUGGAGCGAAAGUAGACUGUGCAGAUUGGGAUCAGCGAACGGCUUUAAGGGCGGCGGCCUGGGGAGGACAUGAGGACAUUGUCAAGGCACUCUUGCAGCACGGUGCUGACGUUAACAGAACUGACGAUGAGGGAAGAACAGCCUUGAUCGCAGCAGCUUACAUGGGACACAGCGAGAUCGUUGAGCAUCUCCUCGAGUUUGGAGCGAAAAUCGAUCAUGCCGACAGCGAUGGCAGAACAGCCCUAAGUGUCGCCGCAUUAUGCGUCCCUUCUAAUCACGGCUACGCAAAAGUUGUUACAAUACUUUUGGAAAGAGGAGCGGCUAUGGACCAUCAAGAUAAAGACGGGAUGACUCCCUUAUUGGUUGCUGCUUUCGAAGGUCACAGGGACGUUUGCGAGCUGUUGCUGGAGUAUGAAGCGGAUGUGGAUCACUGCGAUGCCACGGGACGAACUCCAUUGUGGGCGGCUGCAAGUAUGGGACAUGGGUCCGUCGUUGCGCUUCUUUUGUUCUGGGGCUGCUACGUCGACAGCAUAGAUAACGAGGGGAGAACUGUUCUCAGUGUGGCUGCUGCGCAAGGUGGCAGUGAUGUUGUCAAACAGCUUCUUGACAGAGGUCUAGACGAGCAACACAGAGAUAAUUCCGGUUGGACACCUCUGCAUUACGCAGCAUUCGAAGGGCAUGUAGACGUUUGUGAAGCUUUGCUGGAAGCAGGAGCCAAGGUAGAUGAAGCGGAUAAUGAUGGAAAGGGUGCGCUCAUGCUUGCUGCGCAAGAAGGACACACUGCUUUAGUGGAAAGACUAUUGGAACAGCAUGGAGCACCCAUCGAUCAGCACGCGCAUGACGGAAAGACCGCGUUAAGACUCUCGGCUCUGGAAGGUCAUUACGACACUGUGAAGGUCCUUUUAUCACAUAAUGCUGAUAUUAACGCCAAAGAUGCCGAUGGGAGAAGUACGCUUUACAUUCUUGCAUUGGAAAAUAGAUUGGCCAUGGCAAGGUUUCUGCUUGAACAUGCACGUGCCGAUGUUGAAAGCAGAGAUUCUGAGGGAAGAACUCCGCUUCAUGUGAGCGCUUGGCAAGGGCACGUGGAAAUGGUGGCUCUAUUAUUGACCGCAGGCACUGCCAGUGUAAAUUCUUGCGACAAUGAAAAUAGGACACCUCUUCAUUCUGCAGCUUGGCAAGGACAUGCAUCAAUUGUCAGAUUACUUUUGGAGCAUGGCGCAACUCCCGACCAUACUUGUAAUCAAGGAGCGACUGCUUUAGGUAUCGCAGCUCAAGAAGGACAUGAGCAUUGUGUCAGAGCUCUGUUGAACCACGGAGCAAAUCCAAAUCAUUCCGAUCACUGUGGCAGAAAUGCUAUUAAAGUUGCUGCUAAAAGUGGACAUGAUACGGUUGUAAGGUUGCUUGAAGAGCACUCAGCGAAUCAACGAAUUUUAAGGCCUGGUAUUAACGGAGGUGGAAGCAGUAGUGCAACGUCCGUUACAUCAAAUUCGACCGCCGAGACUAAACCUUCCUCAGCAAUUUUAAAUCCACUUUCCACACAAUACAGUCCCACAGAAUCUCCUGAUUCUACAAAAAGAAGAAGCUGUGUCUCCUUGGGUAAUAAUUCCAGCAAUAGCAAAUCCAGCAGUAAUUUAACCGGAAGCACAAAAAGUGACCGGGGGAAAUUCGGUCCGAAUUCUAUGGUCAAUCAAGUGAUCAAGGUGCCGCUCUCUUUCACGCAGCAACUGCAACAAUGUUCAAGAGGAGCUAAAAGUCGGCCACUGAGCAAAUUGCUCUCGCCUUUGAAAAGCGAGCCGCAAAGUCCUAUCUACGCAUCUCCUCCCCAUUCGCCUUUGAGCGAUAGCCUUAUUCCGUAUUCCCCGACGAAUACGAGUCCGCCAAGUGCUCAAACUGCGGCUAGUGUCAUACAAAGUCAGCUUGGUGUUUCCCUAUUAACCGGGAAUCAAAGUAUACAAUAUAAAGUUCAAGGGGGAGGAUACAAUCAUACUUCUGCGAUAUAUGAGCCGAUAAAUAUCAAGACGGAGAUCAUUGAAAGAAACGAUGCGACAAAACCUUUUGAACUAACCAACGAAAUGUUAGGUCUCGUGAUUGAGAAAGAAAAGAAAAACGGACAGGAAGAUAAAAGGAAUUCUGCGGAUACUCACUUCACACGCGACACGCAUAUGAGGAUUAUUUUAGGCAACAGUGGAGCCGGCGUCGGGCGGAACGUAAAACACACUCCUGAACACAUUUCUGGAAGUGCUAGCAACGUCAAACCAAAGCGAAACGGUUUGGUUUCAAAUCCAGCGAUGAGAUUAGUAGCGGGAGUUAGAAAUGGAAUUGAAAACGCGACGAACCGAAACAAACCGAUAACUGCACGAGUCAACGGAUUCCAGUGGAAGGCUGAGGCAAGAAAAGAAACCCCUCUAUAGGAUCAGGAAAAUCAACAGGCGGCUAUCUGUGGAAGAGCUUCUAAUCGAAAUCUUCAUUUGCACGAAUACCUAAAAAAAAAGAGAAAGUCAAUGAUCAAUUUUUUUUCGUUUUAUUUGAGCGAAAUCAAAUUAUCCGGAAUAAAGAAACGAAGAAGAUGCAAAUAACAAUGAAUGUUAUAAAGAAUCUGCGAUCGAAGCAUGCAAGUUAUAUGUUUAAUAAGUAAUACCAAAUAUUAUGACGAGUAAAGAUGUACGUAGAAAUUAAAGGAGUCACCUCCACGAUAUACGACUUUGUAUAAAUGUAACGUUAAUAAAAGAAAUCUUACUGAUCUCACUAAUAAUAUACGUUCUAUAUGUCAAUGAAUUAAUUAUCAUUACUUAAUUCUCAACAUUCGGUAGAGUUCUAACGAAGUGAUAAUGAUAAUAACGACAAAUUAUUUAAUAAGUAAUGAGAUUGUUUACAAGACUGGAUGCCCUUUAGAAUAGACGAGUGAUGUUUCGAUACAAUUUUUAGAAAGAGAAGAAAUGUAUAGAAUGUAAAAACUUAUUAUCGCAAAUCGAUAAAAUAUGUUCGGAUUUUAGAAUCUUGAAGAUGAUGAAAAUACGUAAAAUAAUGGCCUCGAAGCAGAAUGCCUGUGUAAAUACACCCUUUUAUGUAUUGCACAUGCUUAUAUUUAUUAUGAUAUUGUAUUAGGUGACAAAUAAAUGUAAAUUAAAGCAAA